AUGAAGAAUCUCUCAUUUCUUGCAGUUCUAUCUCUCUUAGCUUUAACUUUUCCAUUAGCCAUUGCCUCUGACCAAGCCCCCUUCAAGACUUCUGCGUCGGCAUCAACACCCAUCAGAUGGUUUUUUGUGAAUGGAAAGUUCUGCAAAGACCCAAAGCUCGUCACCGUGGAUGACUUCUUUAUGGCAGGGAUUCAAAAUGCAAGACCCGUAGCUAAUGCCGUUGGGUCAAAUGUCACAGCCGUUAAUGUUAACAACCUUCCAGGACUAUGGGGUAAAUGGACAAAACCACCUCACACCCACCCACGUGCCACCGAGGUCCUGUAUGUUGGACAUGGAGCACUUCUUGUAGGAUUUGUUACAUCUAAUGGAGAUGGAAACAGUCUGUUCACAAAAACACUCAACACGGGUGAUGUAUUUGUGUUUCCAGAAGGACUAAUCCAUUUCCAAUUCAAUGUCGGACGUUCUCCUGCGGUUGCAUUCGCUGCUCUGAGCAGCCAAAACCCAGGUGUUGUCACUAUUGCCAACUCUGUGUUCGGGUCUAACCCCGUGAUUGACCCAAAUGUUCUUGCAAGAGCAUUUCAGUUGGAUCCAAGGGUUAUCAUUGAUCUACAGGCAAAGUUCUGA